GGCAAGAGGAGAGAGAAAAGCAAUAAACCUUGGUAGAAGUAGGGGAAAAAGCAGUGAGUGGGAGAGCAGAGGAAGGGAGAACGACGAAAGGUGGGGGAGUGGAGGAGCAGGCGCCCCUCUUGCAGUGAAGUGAGAGGAUAAGCAGGGGAAAAGAAGAAGAGAGGAGCAGCGAAGAGUUGUGGAGGGAGAAGGAGGGAGAAGAAGUCAGCUGGACAUGGGGCUUUGUGCGGUUCUCCUGAUCUGUCUCUCCCAGGCAGAGCUGGGGAGAGUUUGGGCACAAGGGCAAACAGAUGCACUGAACGGGACACCACUGCGAACAGAUGCAGAUCCGUCCGGUUUGCACAGAACCAGCAGGGACCAGCAGAGCCCACACAAACACAGAGUGGCCCGCAACACGCUGGGAGGAGGCGUUGCCAUUGAUACCCUGCCUGACAACAUGACCCGCAUCGUGGAGGACUCCCAGAGGUAUUACAGAUGGCAGAGUUUUGGUCCAAGGGACAGACGAACAGAGGACUUGUGGGUAGAUCUAAGCACCCUGCAGCAGGGCCAAGUCAGAAUCCACGGCAUACUGUCCAAUACACACCGACAGGCAGCGAGGGUGGCACUUUCAUUUGAUUUCCCCUUUUAUGGACACUACCUGAGACAAAUCACCAUAGCAACUGGUGGGUUCAUCUUCACGGGGGAGAUUACUCAUCGAAUGCUGACCGCCACACAGUACAUUGCUCCCCUCAUGGCAAACUUCGACCCCAGUUUCUCCAAAAACUCAACAGUGAGGUACAUGGACAAUGGUAAUCUGUUUGUGGUGCAGUGGGACAAAGUGCGGCUUCAGGGUCGGGAAGCUGAAGGACCUUUUACUUUCCAGGCAGUCCUCCACGGCAAUGGGACUAUUGUUUUCAACUACAGAGUUGUUCCUUUACCAGUGGAGAAAAUAAACUCCACAGAGCACCCGGUGAAGGUGGGACUAUCUGAUGCUUUCAUGGCCCUCCUCCCCUCCUCCCAGUUCUCAGAUGCCAAGCGACGUACUAUCUACGAAUAUCACCGUGUUGAGAUCGACACCACAAAGAUUGUUACCAGAUCUGCUUUCGAGUUCAUACCGCUGCCCACCUGUCUUCAGCACACGUCCUGUGAACUCUGCCUGACAUCCAACUGGACGACCGGCUGCGGCUGGUGCAACACACUUCAACGAUGCUCUGAUGGAAUUGACCGCUACAGACAAGAGUGGCUGGAUUACAACUGUCCUGAAGAGGCAAAGGGCACAUGUGAGGACUACAACCCGGGGGGAACUGAGGGAUCCGUGGGGUCCUUCAACAACUCUUCCCCAGGUCCCACUCCCUCCUCAGCAGAGCUUGAAGAUCAUCCCGUCACUGAGGACUUACAGACAGGCCCUCCAAACCACACAGGGAUAACAGAGAACACAGCCAUCAUAGCGGGCGUAGUGGCUGCCCUGGUCCUGCUUGUUGCCCUGACUCUACUGGCUGUCUACUACAUCAACACACACCCCACAGUUGCUCCACCAUUCUACCUCAUGCAGCGACGCACCAAUAACUACUGGCCCUCUAUGAAGUUCCGCAAUCAAGGCUGCCACUCCAGUUACGCUGAGGUGGAGCUGGGAGGUCACGAAAAAGAGGGCUUCAUCGAGGCUGAACAGUGCUGCUGAAGGGACUUCCAGAGCACAGUCAGACUGAGUGAGGGCACCAUCUUGAGGACUGCAAAGGGAUUACAAAAGGAUCAGUAUGGGCGACGGGGCCAGCCAUUGGUGCAGAAUGUCCAUAUUCCAACCUUGGUGGCUGGACAGUGUCUACUGUAACUGCUCUUGUAGCUCUUGCCAGCUUUCUCUGUGUCUCUUGCUCUUUGCUAUCACACAAGGGAUUCGCCACAUUAUCCGAGGGGCUGGAGGGUGGGGAUGGUCCAAGAGGAAGCUGACUGUACAGGGUUGUUGAGAGCAAAAUGUGUUACUGUCCAAAACCCACCAAGGCACGGGGAUGUCAGGGAAUGAAACUAACUAGCCUUCAUACUGCAAACCAAUGUACAGUUCAACUUCAUUAUGUGUUUUUUUGUUUGUUUGUUUGUUUGUUUUUAUCCAGUUUAUGGAGUUAUUUUUGUUGGAUGAAAUGUCAAAGUGAGCAAUGAUUGGUUCAUAAAAUGCUAUAUCCAUGCGGACUUCACUAUAACAGAUAUUCAGCUAUAUAACUGAUAGUGAUAAUAAUGAUCAUCAACGUGAACUGUUAUGGAAUAACAGGAGCAUUUGUUCUGAUGAAUUUUAGAGUCAUUGAGUUAUUUGAUAA